AUGUCGCUCUUGGGGACACUCAACCCAAACCCUGCUCGCUCCCAGUCUGUGGUCAGUCACAAUACCGCGCAGCUCUCGAGCGAGCGAGAACUCGACAUGGUCCAUGAUCUAGAAAAGAAUGACGAUGAAGACACCGAGCACGACGACGAAGAACAUAGAGAGGCGCUGGUUGGUCAGCUAGCACGACAACUCACCCGGCAAUCUACCCGAGUCUCAGUGAGCGGUGCAUUGGACAAUCCUUUCACGAAUGGAGACUCCGAAUCUUCGCUCAAUCCCGGUAGUCCCAACUUCAAAGUGCGGGACUGGAUGAAGAUGGUGCUGGCGAUCCGGUCUCGAAAUCCCGACAAGUACCCAGAUCGGACCGCUGGCAUCUCGUUCAAGAAUUUGAACGUCCAUGGAUUUGGUUCUCCCACGGAUUAUCAGAAAGACGUCCUGAACUCGCUACUGGAGCUUGGCACUAUGGUACGACGCCUGACCGGCCUGAAACUCCAGAAAAUUCAGAUUCUUCGUGACUUUGAUGGUCUCGUCAAAAGCGGAGAAACAUUGGUGGUCUUGGGAAAACCAGGUAGUGGUUGCUCAACUUUACUCAAAACCAUUGCCGGUGAAAUGAAUGGCAUUGAGAUGUCAGAUGAUUCGAUUCUCAACUAUCAAGGUAUCUCUGCAAAGGACAUGCAAAAUGCCUUCAAAGGCGAGGCAAUAUACGCAGCAGAGACUGAUGUCCACUUCCCCCAACUCUCUGUCGGUGAUACCCUCAUGUUCGCAGCGUUGGCUAGAGCCCCCAGAAAUCGCCUCGAGGGGGUAAGCAACGAGCAAUACGCCCAACAUAUGAGAGAUGUGGUUAUGGCUAUGCUUGGCCUUUCCCAUACGAUCAACACCCAGGUUGGCAAUGACUUCAUUCGCGGAGUUAGUGGCGGUGAGAGGAAACGCGUUAGUAUUGCGGAGGCCACUCUUAGUCAGAGUCCCUUGCAGUGCUGGGACAAUAGCACAAGAGGCCUGGACAGCGCCAAUGCACUGGAAUUUUGCAAAAACCUGGCCCUUAUGAGCAAAUACUCGGGAACAACAGCCUGUGUUGCCAUCUACCAAGCGUCACAGAGUGCUUAUGAUGUCUUUGACAAAGUAACCGUGCUUUACGAAGGAAGGCAGAUCUUCUUCGGGCCAACGACUGAGGCUAGGAAAUACUUUGAAGAUAUGGGCUAUGAGUGCCCAGAGCGCCAAACCACGGCAGACUUCUUAACGUCGAUAACUAGCGCUUCGGAACGUGUAGUUCGGGAAGGGUUUGAAGGUCGUGUUCCUAUCACCCCUGAUGACUUUGCGGCAGCAUGGAAGAGAAGCGCCCCCCGCACCAAGCUUGUUAGUGAAAUCGAGGAAUAUGAGAGGAAUCACCCCAUCGAAGGUAGCUCCUACGAUGCAUUUGUGGAUGCGCGUAGGGCUAUCCAGGACAAGCACCAGAGAGUCAAAUCGCCAUACACCAUCUCGAUAUGGAAACAAGUUUCCCUCUGUGUCACCCGAGGCUUCCAACGCCUUCGCGGAGAUUACAGCUUAACAGGAACGGCUCUAAUUGGAAACUUUAUUAUGUCUUUGAUCAUCGGUUCUGUCUUUGUGAACCUUCCUAAGGAUACAUCAAGCUUCUACUCCCGGGGAGCUCUUCUGUUCUUUGCCGUCCUCUUAAAUGCUUUCUCUAGUGCAUUAGAAAUCCUCACCCUCUACGCCCAACGACCAAUUGUUGAAAAGCAAGCCCGAUACGCCUUCUACCACCCCUUCGCAGAGGCGCUUGCAUCGAUGCUCUGUGAUACACCCUACAAAGUGAUAAACUCUGUUACAUUCAACAUACCAUUGUACUUUAUGACCGAUCUACGUCGUGAGGCUGGGGCUUUCUUCACCUUUUGGCUAUUCUCGCUCCUUACGACGUUCACAAUGUCAAUGAUUUUCAGAACCAUUGCCGCAUCUUCCCGCUCGCUUUCACAGGCCUUGGUCCCAGCCGCUAUUUUGAUCUUGGGUAUGGUGAUCUAUACUGGAUUUGUCAUCCCUACUCGCAAUAUGCUCGGGUGGUCUCGCUGGAUGAACUAUAUCAAUCCCGUUGCCUACGCAUUUGAAAGUUUUAUGGUCAAUGAAUUCCAAGGUCGUGAUUUCCCAUGUGCUGCUAUUAUUCCUGCCGGCGGUGCAUAUAAUAGUAUCUCAAUGGAACAUCGCAUCUGCUCAACUGUCGGUGCUCAAUCGGGUUCCACCAAUGUGUCUGGAUCGUUGUAUCUCGAGCAGAGCUUCGGGUAUAUGAAAGGACAUUUGUGGAGGAACUUGGGGAUUCUCAUUGCUUUUCUAUUAUUCUUCAUGUUCACAUAUCUUCUUGGCACUGAGUACAUCUCUGAGAAAAAGUCCAAAGGCGAGGUGCUUCUGUUCCGGCGUGGUCAUCAGCCAAAACUUGCUUCCGGCGAGGGUGAUUUGGAGAUAUCUUCCCAACCCUCUACGGUCGCCAAGACAGAGGAGUCCCCUUACCAAGCAACCGCAAUUCAGCGACAAACUGCGAUAUUCCACUGGCAGGAUGUGUGCUACGACAUCAAAAUUAAAGGCGAACCCAGGAGGAUCUUGGACAAUGUUGAUGGCUGGGUGAAACCUGGCACCUGUACCGCAUUGAUGGGUGUCUCUGGAGCGGGAAAAACGACUUUGCUUGACGUUCUUGCAACCCGAGUUACCAUGGGUGUUGUCACUGGUGAAAUGCUCGUUGACGGACGCCCCACGGAUCAAUCCUUCCAGCGAAAGACCGGGUAUGUCCAACAGCAAGACUUGCACUUGUCUACAUCGACAGUUCGGGAAGCUCUAGUGUUUAGCGCCCUCCUGCGUCAACCCGCCACGGUCAGUCGACAAGAAAAGAUAGACUAUGCUGACGAGGUCAUCAAGCUCCUUGGCAUGGAGGCGUACGCUGACGCCGUUGUGGGUGUUCCCGGCGAGGGGUUGAACGUUGAACAACGCAAGAGAUUGACGAUCGGCGUUGAACUUGCUGCAAAGCCCCAACUCCUACUCUUCCUUGAUGAACCUACCAGUGGCCUCGAUUCUCAGACUUCUUGGUCCAUUCUCAACCUUAUCGACACGCUCACUAAGCACGGACAAGCAAUUCUCUGCACUAUCCAUCAACCUUCAGCCAUGUUGUUCCAGCGAUUCGACCGUCUUCUCUUUUUGGCCAAGGGAGGUAGAACGAUCUACUUUGGUGAAAUUGGGGAAAAUUCGUCCACUUUAUCGAACUAUUUCCAACGUAACGGCGCCCACCAUCUGACGCCCGGAGAAAAUCCAGCUGAAUGGAUGUUGGACGUUAUCGGUGCAGCCCCCGGUACACACAGCGAGAUUGAGUGGCCAAAGGUAUGGCGGGAGAGUCCCGAAUAUAGGAAGGUCAAGGAGCAUCUCUCCGAGCUGAAGUCCACUCUAUCUUCGAAGGCAGAAAUUGAUACUUCGCCUAACGCCUUUCAUGAAUUCGCCGCGCCUUUCUACGUCCAACUGUGGGAGUGCCUCCUACGUGUCUUCGCACAGUACUUCCGCACCCCGACUUAUAUCUGGUCCAAAGCUGCCCUUUGCAUCCUCACCUCACUCUAUAUUGGAUUCUCAUUUUUCCAUGCCCAGAAUUCUAUCCAAGGCCUUCAGAACCAGAUGUUCAGUGUUUUCAUGUUGAUGACAAUUUUUGGAAAUCUGGUCCAGCAGAUCAUGCCGAACUUUGUUACCCAACGCUCUCUUUACGAGGUGCGAGAGCGCCCGUCUAAGACAUACAGUUGGCAGGCGUUUAUGGUGUCGAAUAUCCUGGUGGAAUUACCCUGGAAUACAUUGAUGUCUGUGUUCAUCUAUUUAUGCUGGUAUUAUCCAAUUGGAUUGUACAGAAAUGCAGAACCUAGCGACGCAGUGAGCGAACGAGGCGCCCUCAUGUUCCUAUUGAUCUUGUCGUUCUUGCUAUUCACCUCGACCUUCGCACACAUGAUCAUUGCGGGAAUUGAGCUGGCCGAGACUGGUGGCAACAUUGCGACUUUAUUGUUCUCCCUCUGUUUGAUCUUCUGCGGUGUUCUCUCAACCAAGGAGGCCUUGCCUGGCUUUUGGAUCUUCAUGUAUCGCGUUUCGCCGUUCACCUACUUGGUCUCAGCAAUGUUAUCGACCGGUGUCUCGGGCGCUGAUGCAGUAUGUGAGGCAGUCGAGUUCUUGAAGUUCACCCCUCCAGCCAACCAAACUUGUGAGGACUAUAUGGGCCCUUAUAUCAAAAUGGCCCGCACUGGGUAUCUGCAAGAUCCCAUGGCUACUGCCGAGUGUGCAUUCUGCACGGUCAGCAAAACAAAUGCGUACCUCUUGCAAAUCUCCAGCGAUUUCGCUGAUGCUUGGCGCAACUUUGGUCUGAUGUGGGUGUACAUCGCGGUCAAUAUUUUCGGCGCGGUGUUUAUCUAUUGGCUUGCCCGCGUGCCAAAGGCGAAGAAGACAUCUGCCUAA